AUGGCGGGCCUGGAGGAGCUGGAGCUGACGGGCGAGGAGGUGGAGCGGCUGCGGCGGGCCUUCCAGGACGAGGGCUUCCGCCGGCUCUUCGCCGAGUACGCGGCCGAGGUGUCGGACCCGGCGCGGCGGGCGGCCUACGAGGCCGAGGUGGUGGCGCUGGAGCGGCAGCGGGGCGUCGAGGCCCGCUUCCUCCACCCCACCCCCGGCUGGGUGCUGCGGACCAGCCAGGCCGGCGCCCGCCGCUGCUACCUCAACGUCUGCGCCCACGCCGCCGUCGGCCGCCCCCAGGCCCGCCCGGAGCCCGGGGGCACCCGCUGGACCCUCCCGCACUGCCUCUCGCCCGGCCGCCAGGAGCUGGCCGGCCCCGGAGGAGGACAAGGACCCCAACGCCACCGCCGCCAACGCCGCCAGGUCUACGACGUCCUCUUCCACCCGGACGCCCUCCGCCUGGCCGCCCGCUCGCCCCGCUUCCGCCGCCUGGUCGACGAGACGGCGCUGGAGGCCGUGGAGCGGCACUUCUCGCCCGGCCUCGACCGCGCCAACGCCGCCCCCCUGCGCGGCACCCGCUACAAGGGCCUCCCGCAGGCCGCGCUCCUCCGCACGCCCCUCCCCGGAGCCGCCGACCCGCACCCGCAGCCCGAGCCGGACCCCGCCCCCGCCGCCACCACCCCGCGGUGGACCCUCCGCCAGCGCUCCUACGUCGACCUCCAGGACUACCGCUGCAGCCGCGACUCGGCGCCCAGCCCGGUGCCCAAAGAGCUGGAGGUGACGGUCGAGCUGCCCCUGCUCGCCUCCGCCGCCCAGGCCCAGCUGGAGGUCCGCGGGAGGGAGCUGCGCCUCGACUCGCGGCGCCCCGCCGCCGCCUACCGCCUCCGGCUCCGCCUGCCCUACCCGGUGGACGAGGACGGCGGGCGGGCCACCUUCGACAAGGGCCGGCGGCGCCUGGUGGUCACCUUGCCUGUCGUCCGCCCCCCCGGGCCCGCCUUCCUGGCCGGGACAGGCGAGGAGGAGGAGGAAGAAGAGAAAGAGGCUCCGGGAAGCGGCGACUCGCCUUCCCAGUUCGAGCCGCCGGAGGGAUCCUGCACCCUCCCCGAACAACCACCCAGGAUCACGGAACAGCCCUGUCCUGCGACCCACGUGGGGACAAACCACGUGGAGCUUCCGGUGUGCGCUGGGGAAAGCGGUCCGGUGGCUGCCGGGAGUAGCUGGCCGGGGGGAUCGGCUGUGACUCGCCCGGCCCCCCUCGACGCCCCCCCGGGUUCCACCCCGGAGCUACACGGCGACCCUGCGAGUGGCGACCCGGUUGCUUCGGGCGCCGCCCGCUGUAGCAGCAUCGAGGCGUCCUCCCGCGACGGGAGCCCCGGUCCAGGUGCCCCGGAAGGUGCCCCGAGCGCCAGAGACGGCGAGGGCCAUGAGUCUGACAGCCUUCCCCUCCCCCCCAGGGUGUGCGCGGGCGACGGCGUGGAGCUUCCCGGGCGCCCUGGCAUAACUGGCCCUGCUGUCACUCAAGUGGGGCUUGGCACCGACAUGGAUCUUCAGCAGUGCCCGGAGGUCGCCAAGGCUGCGCCUUCCUCAGAACUCGAUGAUGCCACAGCCCCUUCUACAGGCCUCUGUGGUGUCGGCUCUGAUCACCCUGUGGCCACAGAGUGCCACCACCGCUCCAACCCAGAUCAGAAGGUGGACACCUGCCCCAGGAGGGAUGGCUCCGGGAACCCCGGUAGCUGUAGCAGCCCUGCAGCACCAACACACUCCCCCUCUGCAGAACUUUCUAUGACGCCUGUCAGUGCUGCAGACAGCCCUCCGGGCUCCCCUCUGCUCUCUGGGACAAGCCCUGGUGUGGACCCGGAGCCUGCCCCAAGCCCUUCCAGCAGCCCCGACUCUCCGUUACCCGCCAGCAGCCCGACGCCUCCCCUGUGCCCUCCUUUCCAGUGCACUCAGGAUGAAGAGGCCUUGGUGCUGCUCUUGCAAGUGCCCGGCAUCGUUCCCCAGAGCCUCAAAGGGGAGGUGGGCACACAGCACUACAGGGUCAGCUUUGCCAGCAAAGACUCGGCCUCCUACACCCUCCUCUUGCGGCAUCCUGCUGAGAAUAAAUUGUCUUCUCCAGAAAGUAGCGUCAGCGUGUCCUUAGAUAAUGCUGUCGUCCACCUGACGAAGGUGCCGGACGCCUCCGGACUUUGGACAAAGCUGUACUUUGGCCUGAAUGAAGACACCUUGCAGGAAAAGUUGUUUGUUACCGAAGACAACGUCGCUGAGUUUCUGGACAACCUGCAAAGAGCCUCCCGCCCCAGCCAGCCCGAGACGGAACGUCGGCCACUGAUCGAAGUGCUCGAAGUGUCCGAGGGCCAGAGCCGGAUCCGAUUAAAGGCACAGAACAGCCCUGAAGCUGGCCAGGCAGAAGAGAAGCUCAAUCCCGGGACGGAGGACGGUGAACACCCAUCCGGAGCAGAACACCGCCCUCUGGUCACUGGCCCCGGAGAGGAGCACGCCACGAAACCCGAAAAGGCCUCUGACGCGCUCACAGCUGCGGAAACAAAGGAACCGGCUGGGUGGGGACACGGUCAUUGUGCGGAGCCUGACCCCGCUGACUCCGGCUUGGCCGCUCCGGGGAAGUCACCGAUAUCGACGUUCCAGGAGUCAGAACUUGCUUUGGCGGCAGAGCAGAGAGCCACCGCCAGAGACCAGACACCACUUGACGGGGGUGAGCGGGCCGGAACAGGAGAGGAGGUGCGCUCAAACGCUACAAAGAGCGGCGGCCCACCCGCUCCUGCUCCGGUGUUACGGGAAAGAGACGCGAGAGACGGGAGCGUGCAGCUAAUUAGCCACCACGCCACACACUGCGCCCUCACCUUUCAGAAUCCUCUGUUGUACGAACUGGAUUAAGUGGGUGCUGACGGGCUGCUGACGGGCCUUUUUGCCACUUCAGCACCCCCGCCCAACCCCAUUUCCGCGCCACCUCCUUAAGCAAAGGGAAGACUCCAGAGAAACCUGAUGGCAACAACAAGGGACUGAAUGCGCUGAGAACAUUUGGAGGGAUUUCCCAAACUGAUAGGGGACCUGUCUGUUUGGAAGACAACAAAGCAGCUCAUUAAGGCCUGGCUGGUUUCCCUCGGAGCGCAACGUCUAGUUGAGCUGGGUAACCAGCAGCCUGUCGAGCAUCUCUUGCGAAGGCCCCCCGCGGAAACCAAUGGGACUUUCCCAAGAGCAUGUGCUCUUGUGCAAGCCACAUUGGGACACACACAGCUUGGGCUGGUCGCCUCUACAGAGCCUCUCUUUGCUCUUCCAGCUAUCCUCACACAUUUUGUAAUACA